AUGGAUAUAACACGGUUCCUAGAACUACCAGUAACAAUUAGAAAAGAGGUCUAUUUCCACUUGAAUGGAUCAUUCACACAUUUGAAUCAACAAUUCACUAAUACAAGUUUGUUAUCUCUCAUAUCGUCAUUAGCAACACCACCAUUCCAUUCAAAGAACAAUGAACAAUUGCGAGAAAAACUAUACCCAACUUAUGCUCCAUAUCUUGAAGCAUUCGCUUUCAAUUCAAACCUAAUAGAUCAAUGGCUUUCUUAUUCAUCAUGGUUACGUUAUGACGCGAUUGUCAUUGAUUGUAUGAGAUUAAAUCAUCUUUAUGAAGGGUCUUUAAUAGGUCCUGUUGAUUGGAUAUUUCUCGGUGGGAAAAUCAAAUUGGCUUAUUUUGAUAAAUUUUAUCUGUUGCAAGUAUGGUUUUCAUAUCAAGAAUAUGCUAAAUGGAUUAUGGAAGGUGGGAAGGACGGUGAUUUGAUUCUCGAAACGGAAUAUUUAAGGUUCAAUACUGAGUGUUUCAAACCAAAUAUGAUGAUAGAAACAUAUAAUGUUAUGGAAAAUAGGAAACUACUCGGGUUUGUAUCUGAUGUCUUUUUUGGCGAAGAUGAAAUAGAAGAUGAUAUAUUUGAGGAAAAAGACACCUUACAAAAGGAAAAUAACUCCAUCGAUGAAGAGAUUAGCGAUGCUUUAAAUACGCUGGAAAGUGUAGAAAAUGGCACGUAUAAAAAACGUAAGACAUCCUCAAAAAUACCAACAAUGUCAUCUAAAUUAAAUGAUAAGCCAUUGACCAAGAUAAUUGAGAAUCUACAUAAAUUUAAAAAUAUACGGAAUUUAUUUGUACGAGGGGACGCAUUAUAUGAAACUAUGAUCAAUGCCCAUGGUAUUCGACAGGUGGGUCGUAAAGUUAAAUAUGUUGUGAAAACCAGAACACGUACAAUGCAAUUAUUACAAUUGAAAUAUCCUACAAGGUUCCAUGUCGCUGACUUUUCAAGGUGGGUUAAUCUUCGAGAAGUUCAUAUGUCAGGUAUCGAACAUGCUGACUUAAAUGAAUUUGUCCUACCGAAAGCAUGUAAAUCAUUGACUAUCAGCAACUCUCAAAACAUUAUUUGGUGGGAUAUAAUGGGUAAAAUCAGUAACUUCCUUCCGGAAAAGCACAGAUUCGAGCACUCGUGUUAUCCUCUUAAUGCCAGCGUCCAAACAUGCUCAAGUUUGGAGAAUUGCGCUCAUAGGAAGCUGACAAAACUAAAGGAAGACAGCAUUACACAGGACGAUCUCGUUCGUUGUAGAAAAGAAAUUUGGAAAAUAAUUUUUCCUCUGAAUUAUAUACAAUUAAAUAAUGUAUUUUCAAUAUCAAGUGGAACGAUUGUUGUACCUAAUGCCAUGUAUGAAAAUCAUAGGAUACAAUUAUUCGGAAAGUCCAAUAUCAAUGAGCUGAUUGUAAUUUGA